AUGAUUGUUAGAUCUUCGAACGCGUCCUACCUGUGCAGAAGAUGCAUAUCACGACAACUUCGCCGCCUGUAUAGCAUUACUUCCUCGACGAAACCUCCACCGCCGCCACCUCCAUCUGGAGCAGCAAAACUCACGAAUCGACGCCUCAUAUCUCUACAGGGCCAAGAUACGUCCAAGUUCCUGCAGGGGAUCGUUACCAACAAUGUGCGACCCGAGUCCACCAGCGGCUUCUACGCAGCGUUCUUGACCGCGCAAGGCAAGGUACUGCAUGACACGUUCAUAUAUCCAACGCUCGGUUCGAACUGGCACAAACAGCAAGAUGAAGGUGGGAAGCUCGAUAGCCCCGGCUAUCUGGUUGAAGUAGAUGCGCAGCAGGCAGAGGUCCUAUUCAAGCACUUGAAGAGACACAAGCUGCGCUCCAAGUUCACGAUGAGGCUGCUUGAAGAGGGAGAGUUGAAUGUCUGGAGCUUGUGGAGAGAAGAGGACAGGUGGACUGCGCAUGGUCAGCCACAAAACACCGCGACUGGGGCCGGCACAAUCAGCUUGACAGAUUGCAGAGCACCUGGAAUGGGGCGGCGGCUAGUUCUCCCUGACAAUCCAACAGAUGCGCUGCAGGAUGUGGACGAGACGUCAUUAGCAGCGUAUACUAUCCGCAGAUACCUGCGAGGUGUUCCCGAAGGUCAGAAGGAGAUGCCCAGAGACGAUUGUCUGCCUAUGAACUGCAACAUGGACAUAAUGGGUGGAAUCGACUUUAAGAAAGGUUGUUAUGUUGGGCAAGAGUUGACGAUCCGGACACACCACACCGGAGUCGUACGCAGACGAAUCUUGCCAGUCAUGCUGCUCGAGGAGAAUUCCGCAAAACCUGAAAAGCUGGAAUACGACCUCACAUUCAACCAUGUCGUGCCCGACGCAGGCACAGACAUUAGAAAGGACGACGGUCGCAAAAGAAGCACUGGCAAGUUCUUGGCUGGUAUUGGCAACGUUGGCUUGGGAAUGUGCAGAUUGGAGCAGAUGACGGAUCUCACAAUCUCUGGAGAGCCCAGCCCGUUCAAGCUUGAAGAUCGCUUCUUGAUUGCUAACUCAGACGGAAACCAACUAGGACUGAAAGCUUUUGUGCCGGACUGGAUUCGGCGCGGCAUACGCGAGCCCAAGAUUCAGAAACGGGUGGAAUAA